GAACAAAAGGCGGAAGUUAACGCAGCAGUCAGACGACACGAAGCAAACGGCGAAGGCCCCAAAGUAAUCUCAUUGAAAAACAUUAAAAUCCGUGAAGGGGUUUGAUCAAGAAGAGACAAAUUGCGACUUUCUGAGUUUUUUGAAAGAACGAUGGCGUCGGGCGAGGAGGAAGUUUCUCGAACACGAGAGGAGAGCGAGCGACAACCGGAGGUUUGCACAACUUACAUUGUGCUCCAUAACCAAGACGUCCGGCCACUGUUUGGUCAUCAAGAAGGACGUCCCCCUCAGCCGCUGAAGGGGAGCUCCACUUUAAAGCAGGAGGAUCCACAGCCCCACCACAUUAAAGAAGAGGAGGAGGAACUCCGGAUCACUCAUGAGUGUCUUCAAGGGUGGGAGGAGGCUAAUCUCGGCAAGUUGCCACUGACCGGUGUCUCUGUGAAGACCGAAGACCAUGAAGACAAACCACGUGAGCCCUCACAGCUUCAUCACAGUCCACAUGUCCAGCAGAUGAUGGAUCACCAAGAAGAACAUCUCCGUCAGCCGCAGUGGGGGAUCUCCACUUUGAAGCAGGAGUAUCCACAGCCCCCCCGCAUUAAAGAGGAAGAGGAGGAACUCUGGAUCACUCUGGAUGGAGACUAUCUUCUCGGGAAGGAGGAGGCUGAUGUCAGCAAGUUGCCACUGACUGGUGUCUCUGUGAAGACUGAAUACAAUGAAGAUAAACCACCUGUGUCCUCACAUCUUCAUUGCAUUUCAAAUGAGGAGAACGGAGGGACGGAGCCUCCGAGCAGCAGCUCUCCACAACACAUGACAACAGAAGCCGCUGGAGACCACCGUGGAGGAUCACAAGCAGACAUCUUAGCUCCACGAUCAGAUAGUGAUGACACAACAUCACAUUCUCCUGAGGAUGAAGACGGGGACGACACCCAAGAACCUUUGAGCAGCGAUCCAGACUGGGAAGGUGAUAUGGGCACUCACACUGACAGCAAACGCUCUGAAAAGAAGACUGGUAAAAAACGUUUCACUUGCUCUGUCUGUGCUAAAAGCUUUAUUUAUAGGAGCUAUUUGACGCAACACAUGAGAACACACACAGGAGAAAAACCCUUUAGUUGCACAUACUGUGAUAAAAGCUUUGCUAAAAAAGCAGUUAUGGUAAUUCAUAUGAGAACACACACAGGAGAAAAACCUUUUAGUUGCUCAUUCUGUGGUAGAAGCUUUGCUCAAAAAGUAGAUAUGGUAAAUCACAUGAGAGUACACACAGGAGAAAGACCUUUCAGUUGCACAGUCUGUGGCGAUGCAUUUUCUCGAGUCACAACUCUAAACAUUCAUAUGAGAAGCCACACAGGGGAAAAACCUUUUAUUUGCUCAUGUUGCGAUAAAAGCUUUACUCAAAAGGCAAACAUGCGGUCACACAUGAGAACACACUCAGAAGAAAAGGGAACACACGCAGUAGAAACCUAUUAUAGUUGUUCAGACUGUGGUAAAAUCUUUGCCAAAAAAGUACAUUUAAUAUCCCAUAUGAGGACACACACAGAAGACAAACCCAUUAGCUGCUCAGUAUGUGGCCACACGUUUGCUCUGACUUCCUCUUUGUAUAGACACAUGAGAACACACCGCAUGUCCUCUGUGAAUCAUGGUGAGCGGUCCAGGGUGUCGUCUUAUAUCGACUGAUAUGCACCAUUUAUAACGGACGUGAAUUUAGAACAAUUAGAAUGGAAUAGAAUAGGCUUUAUUGUAUUUACAGUAUGACACAACAAAACUGUGGGGGUAUUCCUCCACGGCAGUGCACACUUAUAAAAUACAUGAGGAAAUGCAAGGGGAAAAAGUACACAUAUUUAAAUAGACCUACAAAUGUGAAUGUGAAGCUAGUGUUUUGUUGUAGAAGGGAUCAUAUUUAGGGGUGUGUGGUUGUGUGUUUGCAGUCCUUAUGGCCCAGGGGAAGAAACUUGACCUGUGGCUUAUACAGUGUUCCCUCGCUUAUUGCGGGGGAUAUAUUCCCAAAAUAGCCCACAAUUAAGUGAAAUCUGCAAGGUAGCCAACUGUGUUUUUUUUUCACAAUUAUUAUGUUUUAAGUCUGUAAAACCCCUCACCAUACACUUUACACACUUUUCUCAGACAGGCAUUAACAUCUUCUCACAUUUUUGUCUUGUUUAAAGACUAUCAAAAAAGUUCAAACUUUUGUUGAACCUGAAUGGUCAACCUACAAGGUUGGACACAAGAAAUUAGGAAGUGAAUCACACGUAUUUCACUCCUCUGACUGUGCCUCUUCGUCCUGGCGCCGGUCCAGUGUACCGUUGCGUUGUAUUUUCCUCCUCCUCCUCCUCCUUGUCCUCCUUGAACCAAAGAAUAAUUUAUUACGUAAUGGCGCCCUACAGCCGCAACUUCUACCUUCCUUCAGCAUGUCCAGAAGUCCAACUUUUUGUACGAUGAUUGAGUUCCUCUGCCUUUUGGGUGCAGAACGUUUGGUCGACGUUGUGGGUUUUGUUGGCGAGAAAACGUGCAAACAUACAGAGUUGAGAGUCACUGCAAGCUGUUUGCUAGCGAUCACACAACAGGAAACACGGCAGUGCGGCACGAAUGAGAUUGAUUGACAGUGGUGUGAAUCAGGAAACAGGAGAGAAUGAGCGAUGCAGACACGAGAGAGAGACAGCCACAGAAUGACAACACUCAAUUUCCCGCAAUGCAAUUCUUCUUAAAGGGCCAGGCUCGGCCUGAAACAGCGUUCAUACCCUGUAAAAUAAUAAACAGCGAGGGUGAACCACGAUGGAGCGAGGGAACACUACUGCUAAAGUGGCUCAACAAAUGUGGGCUUAGAGUUCAUGAUGCAGCUCAACAAUACCUAAAUUCUCCAAACAAACUUAAACGGUACCGUGACGGUGGUUCCCAACUUACUUAGUCAAGUCUGGUUCUCGUCUUUGUGCUCAGUGCGCGGUCACAUCAAAGGGGGUGUUUGACGUCAUAUUAUUCUACUUCCACACAAAAAUGGGGCGAUCCCGGCGGGUGUAUUUUCCGCAAAAUGAGCAAGUAAUUAUUCCGGAGCGUUAGGAGGAGUUGGAAAAGCAACACUGUCGCCGAGGGAGCGAGGGAGGAUAACUGUCUUUGUUUCACUUUUGAAUGAUGGCUAUAUUUUCCUACUUUACAGAUCUCAAUUACACCAUGAGUGUUUUUUUUGCUUUUUUUAUUGAAAGCGAGGCGACCCUAGUGAGGACAGAAGCGGCACAAAAGACGGAUGAAUGGAUGAAAGCGAGGCUGAGCGUGUGGAUGCGUAUGGUUUCAUUUAUUUCCAGCAUGCAUCAGUUUACAUUGAAAUGCUUCAUUCGCAAUUCCACAAAAAGGAGUAGGAAGAAGCAGAGCUUAUGUAAUCCUACGCCCUCUCCGUUUCACAUCAAUUGCAAUACAUUUGUUCACGUCCUGUAUUCAACAUGCACUAAUUCACUAUUUACAUUAUUCUUCCAUACACUACAAGCAUUUUUUUAAACAAAAAAACAAAACAAGAAAGUUCUUCCUUCGUAGUCUGGGUAUUUUCCACUUCCAGGUCUUCCUGUCCUGCCAUCUUUCGUGUUGUACUGUGAAUGUCAUUGAAUGUAAAUGCAUGGGUUCCUAAUUCCAGCCUUGUCAGAUGCUCAUUCAUGCAGACGUUUGUACCUUUCAGCUCCUUUCUCUGUUUCAGCAGUGCAGUCUGGAAUUCCCUAUUGGUGAAUUUAACCAUGAUGAUGGGUGUGGUGGCGUUUCUGCCAUACAGUGGGAUCGAUGGUGUCGAUAUCUGCAGUACAUCCACCUCUUUUGAUUGUAGGAAAUUGGCAAUGUAUUGCUUUGUUGAAGGAACGUCCGUUUCAUCUCGCUCUCCUCUGUUCUGGAUGUCCUGGCUGUUGACCUGGGGGUAAUUCAGAGCCCUUUGCUUCGUUCCCUUCCUCAAGAGUGGUGCGCAAGGCAGCGUUAUCUUCCAAUUGUGCCUUGAGAUCAUCCUGUAAAACCUUUAUAUCAUUGCAUAGUGCUCUAUUUUCCUCCAGGCUAUAAAUGUUGAGUUUUUUUUUUUUUACUGUGUCAGGAUAAACACGGGAAUCAACUGUCUAUACAAUGACUAUACAAUUGGGCUUACACUGCCCUAUAUGUAAAACACUGAUCCCUUUAUUCAUGGCCAUAUCAAGGUGAAAUCAUUCUACUCCCUAUCUGUGACAAAUAAGUACCGGUACUAGGUUGACUGAGUUGCAUCAGUGUGCUCAUGACACAUUCUGUACCACGUGGUGCCCACUAGGUGGCAGUGUUGACAUGUUUUGUGGCGAGAUUUCCCAUUGUAAUUCCCAAAUUUUUCUUCUUUGUUGGAAUAAAGUGUCUUAUCCCAUUUGA